UACUCACAGACAAAACUCCCUCCCUCUCUCAUUCACUCACUCACUUUAGGCCAAUCCGUCCUCCUCUCUCUCUCUCUCUCUCUUUCUCAGUGUGUGUCUCUCCCACUCUGAGACAGAGUCAGAAUUCCUCUCACUGACAGUCACAAACAUCUAUAGCACUUAACUGAAUUCAGAGGGAGAACCUGCAACCAAACUUCACAGGAAACUUUUUGUUCUUGUUCCAGAGAAUUUGCUGAAGAAGAAAGGAAGGAAGAGAGAGAGGGGGGAAAACUCUGUGUGUGUGUGUGUGUGUGUAUGUGUGGAGAAAAGUGGUGUGCUGGAGAAAAGAAAAAGCAGUGCCUUUUAAAAAGGGAAUCACAACAGCUUUUGCUGCCAGGAUGCCUUUGCUUCUGAAGAGAAGAUUUUUGUUGGUGCUUUGCUGGAUUAUAGUGAGGAGCUCCCCAACCCCAGGAUCUGAGGGGCACAGUUCGGUCACUGAUUGUCCAUCCUGUGCCCUUGCCACUCUCUCAAAGGAUGUGCCCAGCUCCCAGCCUGAGAUGGUGGAAGCUGUAAAGAAGCACAUAUUGAACAUGCUGCACUUGAGGGACAGACCUAACAUCACUCAGCCGGUGCCCAAAGCUGCACUUUUAAAUGCUAUCAAGAAACUCCAUGUGGGAAAAGUGAGAGAGGAUGGCUAUGUGGAAAUAGAGGAUGACAUUGGAAGAAGAACAGAAAUGAAUGAACUUGUGGAGCAAACUUCAGAGAUCAUAACAUUUGCAGAAUCAGGUCCUGCCAAGAAAAUGCUGCAUUUUGAAAUUUCCAAGGAAGGGAGUGAGCUGUCAGUGGUGGCCCAAGCUGAUGUGUGGCUCUUCCUCAAAGUCUCUAAAGCCAAUAGGAGUAGGACAAAAGUGACCAUCCGGUUAUAUCAGCAGCAGAAACUAUCAAAGCGUAAUUCCCAAGGAAUGGAAGAAGAUGGAGGGCUAAGGGGAGAUAAGGGUGAAAUGCUUAUCUCUGAAAAGGCAGUAGACACUCGCAAAAGUACCUGGCACAUCUUCCCAGUUUCUAGCAGUGUUCAGCGCCUUCUGGAUCAGGGAAGGAAUUCCCUGGAUGUGCGGAUUGCUUGUGACCAGUGUCAAGAAACUGGAGCCAGCUUGGUACUGCUGGGUAAGAGGAAAAAAAGAGAAGAGGAUGUAGAAGGGAAGGAGAAGGAAGGUGGUGAAAAUAUAGGAGAAGAGGAGAAGGAACAAUCACACAGGCCCUUCCUGAUGAUGCUAGCCAGACAUUCAGAAGAUCGUCAGCACAGACGGAGGAGGCGGGGUCUUGAGUGCGAUGGCAAAGUCAAUAUCUGCUGCAAGAAACACUUCUAUGUCAGCUUCAAAGACAUUGGCUGGAACGACUGGAUCAUUGCCCCGCCAGGCUAUCAUGCUAACUACUGUGAAGGAGACUGCCCCACCCAUAUUGCGGGUACAUCUGGCUCAACCCUUUCUUUCCACUCCACUGUUAUCAACCACUACCGCAUGAGAGGCCACAGUCCCAUCUCCAACCUCAAGUCAUGUUGUGUACCAACCAAGCUUCGGCCCAUGUCUAUGCUGUAUUAUGACGAUGGGCAGAACAUCAUCAAAAAGGACAUCCAGAACAUGAUUGUGGAAGAAUGUGGGUGCUCAUAGGUGUGCAUGCAUACUGUGCACCCUCACCUGCAUAUAUGCUCGGGGCUGCCUCUCUACCAGUUUCAACAAAACAAUUCAAAAUGGAACAGGAAAGACCCAGUGGGCUCCACAUUUCCAGAAAAACAAUUACAUUUCUAAAACAGCACCCAAUGUUUUAAAAAAAAUGACUUAGAGAGAGACAAAGAAAAGAAGAAUGGUAUCAUUCGCCAGGGCUUGGAUGAGAAACAUUCAAACGGUGCGGGCAAGGGCAUUUUCUCUUAUAUGAUCCAUAUUUUAUUACAUAGUAUUUUCACACUUAAUCAGCAACAAGGGGAGGUAUGCUUUCCCUCCUUAUGUUACCUAUGCAUUCAAGCCCUGACAGUUUGCCUAAAUCGCAACAAUUUGGAUGCCAAGUCCAAAAUGGUAUUAAUAUUCUUAGAAAAGCCAUGUGUAUGAAUGUUUCAUUCACUGGCACUUUUCUCCCAUAAGUUUACCAAGGACGCAGUGAGUGUGUGCAUAUGUGUGUGUGCAGGUUUCUUAUGGCGCAUGCACAGAUUGAACACACUUGUGUAUAUAUAUUGGUAAAGGGGACAAUAAUACGCAGGUGUACACACCUUUUAUCUUCUGCACUAUUUUUGCAAAAAAAAGUUUAAAAAUAUAAAGAAAGAAAGAGAAUGAAAGAAAAUACAAAGUUUCAUUUCGUAAAGGUGCUUAUGACAUUAGAACUAUGCAACCAAGUUGGUUUGAAACUGUUUACCUGAGAGAGAGAGAAAAAAAAUACCCAGACUUAAAAAAAUGGAAGUAUCAUGUUUAAUUUUUUCUUCAAUACGAGAUACUUGAAAGGAACAUGUUUGUCCAGCUACUGGAGCCAAACAUUUCUAUAUUUUGUAAAAAAGAGAAAAAAAGAGAAAAAAAUUUAAAUUGUUUACUAUUUGCACUACAAUAAUGUUCAAUCUGUCUAAUCCUUAUUUAACAAGUAUUUGGGGGGAGGGAAAGUGGAUGGGGGUGGAAGGGAAUCAAAGGCUGCACUUAUUGUGAGCUAUACAAGAACUGCUACAGCACACAAAAAUACUUAUUUUUAUUAUAAUUUUUAUUAUUUUAUACCUUUAAAAGAAUAGAUGUGUACACCAAAGACACUUAUGUGAGCCUCUAAACAAUCUGUUUUUAGCUAGUGUCAUUCAUAGGUUAGGAUCUGGCUUAAAGGGUUAUCAGCAAGGCUGGCUGCAUUUAGGAUCUCUUAGAUGGUUUAAACUUGUUUAGUGCCCUGAACACAAAACUGAAUUCCAGAUUUGGCCAUGCAUUUCAAACACUCUAUCAGAGUGUUCUGAAUCAAGAUUCUGUUUCAGGCCCACCAGUAGUUCAGUUGUGAAUCCUUCGUAUGUACAGCAGCUGUACACUGUUGGAAAACAACUUUUUUGUAAGGGGGAAAUCUAUAUUUGUAUAUGUAUGUAUAUAUACAGUUUAAGCACUUCGGGCUACACUUUUAAUGUUCUUAAAAACAAUGAAUGUUUGUGUGCCAAGCACAGUAUAUCAAAUGCUUUUUUCCCCA